AUGAAGGAGGCCAUGCGGCUUCCGCGUGAGGUGACAUCGCAUGCCCACCGCAGCUAUGGCGGACGAGGAACCAUCAACGAGGACUCGGAGCGCACCGCACGGUGGCGCCUGCCGGACGGCCCGGCUUCGCCGGACCGGAGUCCCAGUCGCUCUGGCCGCGGCGCGUUGCCGACCCACAAUCGGGACCUGAGCAACGCAUCGAGUUUUGCCUUCGUCCCGUCUGGAGAAGGAAGUCCGCUUGCUGCUCCAGUGGCUCAUACGGCGUUGCAAGACCACUUGGUGCAGCAGCAGGUGUCCAUCCUUGAGGCUCAGCUUCUCCGCGAAGCCGCGGCCGGCGCAGCACUGGACGCCGAUGGCAUACAGGAGCAUCUUGAGCUCUUCGAAGCACGACUGCGCCAAGCAAUGACCGAGCAAUUGCCAGGCGAAGGCCGCCCUCGCUCUCGGCCCCGGGGUCCAUUGCCCUCUGCAGCAGAGAUCGAAGCUCAGGAGCAGCAGCAGUGGCGCCUUCAACAUCUGCAGCGGCCUAGGGCCACAGAGGAGGUGGAGGGAAGUCACUUCCGGCGACACCGGGCAGCCUCUCUUAGCCGUCGGCAGGGGAGGCACUCACCGGCAUCAAUGGCUGCGGACGAGACCUCGGCCUUCCACCACAACCGCGCCUCUUCGUUGGGCAGACAGGGCAGCAGGUCGUCACCCAGGCCAGAUGCAGAGCACCAGGCACCUACAGCGCAUCUCCGGGCUGCUCCCAGCAUCCCUCCUGGCGACCCGCAGUUGGCUGCGCACUC